AUGAAGGGGUACCUGGACCAGCAGGUGCCGUUCACUUUCCCGCAGGCGGCUCCCGGUGGCGGAGCUCGGAUGGGCGCUAGGAAGAGACCCGGGGACCCGGGCUUGCCGCCGGCGCAGGAUUCGGAAGACCUCUUCCAGGACUUGAGCCCGUUCCAGGAGACUUGGCUGACAGAAGCUCAGGUUCCAGACAGUGAUGAGCAAUUUGUGCCUGACUUUCAUUCAGAAAACUUAGCUUUUCACAGUCCUCCUGCUAAGAUUAAAAAGGAGCCGCAGAGUCCCUCCUCGGACCCCACGCUGUCCUGCAACCAUAAGCAGCCAUUCCAGUACCACAAUGGCGAACAGUGUCUUUACACCAGUGCCUAUGAUCAACCCAGACAAGUUGGAAUCAAGUCCCCCAACCCAGGAACCCCGAUACAGUCACCGCUCCAACAGUUCCCUAGACAGGACAGGAGCUUCCUGACCCCUGCGGGGCCACCCGGCCCCAUGUCCAGCUGUGGAUACCUCAGUGAAAACAGCUCUGCAUACCAGCCACCUGUGGAGAUGUGCCGUUCCUUCCCCUCUUCUCAGGGCAUGGCCCAGGAAGACCCCAUCAUCUACCAGCGCCGGAUGGCCGAGCCCUGCCUCCAGUACCCUCAUCAGGGCUUCAAACAGGAGUACCACGACCCGCGGUAUGAGCAAUCAAGCCGUGCGGGCAGCAGCCAUCAGUACCCAGCAGCUGGGGUGAUCAAGCAGGAGCAGGUGGACUACAUGUAUGACUCAGAUGUUCCUGGCUGUCCUUCCAUGUACAUAAAUGUUGAAAGUUAUCCAAGCCAUUCAAAUACAGAAGAUGCAUUAGGCUGCAGCUAUGACAAGCAGAUGAGGUCCUUUACUGAUGAUGUCUGUGUUGUUCCUGAAAAAUUUGAAGCAGGAGACAUCAAGCAGGAAGCUGGAGGGUACCGGGAAGGACCUCCCUACCAGAGACGGGGAUCUCUCCAGCUCUGGCAAUUUCUUGUGGCUUUAUUGGAUGAUCCAACCAAUUCCCACUUCAUUGCCUGGACUGGUAGAGGGAUGGAGUUCAAGCUCAUUGAGCCAGAAGAGGUAGCCAGGCUCUGGGGUAUCCAAAAGAACCGUCCAGCCAUGAACUAUGACAAGCUGAGCCGAUCCCUUCGCUACUAUUAUGAGAAAGGCAUCAUGCAGAAGGUGGCUGGAGAGCGCUACGUGUACAAGUUUGUGUGUGAGCCUGAAGCCUUGUUCUCUCUGGCCUUCCCUGAUAAUCAGCGGCCACCUCUGAAGGCAGAGUUUGACCGGCAGAUCAGUGAGGAGGACACAGUGCCUCUUUCUCACCUGGAUGAGAAUGCCACCUAUCUACCAGACCUUGGGAGCCUCCCUCCACAGCUUUACAGCAAAGGCUACACAUACUAG